GCGCAGAUCCACGUGUACGUUGUGGAUUCCAACAUCAAGCACCUAGAGGACAUCCACGGGCAGGCGCAGUGCAGCUUCGAGCAGAGCUGGCAGAACUUCGGCGACCGGCAGAGCGGGUCGCACCACGAGGUGUUGAUUUGGGCCCAGCGCGCUACUGCCGUGUUCUUGCUCAUUGCUGGAUUCGCGACUUCGGCGGUGGUGUACAAGUUUUUCUAUCCAAUACGCCUUCCGAGUAGCAAGUUGUUGACCCGCAUCAUAGUGAUCAAGUUCCUGCUUCAGGAUCUGCCGCAGCAGCUGUGCAUAGCACUGUACCUUUAUGCCUGGUAUGCGCCCAAUGGGCUGCGCUGCCAGGCGUGUCUGUUCCACCCCCUCCACUGCAACAACGAGCACCCGCUGCACUGGACAAACCUCAUCGUGUGUGUAUUCACGCUCCUCAGCGCGUCUGCCAACCAGAUCCUGUUGAAGGCCAAGUCGAAGAAGUACGACGAGGAAGAGGAAUUCGGCGGCGCCCCCAGGGUGGAAGUAAGAAGGAGCAGGCAUUCUCAGAAGGCGGCGGGGCUUCUCAAAAGCCGCCGCUUCUUCUGAGAGGUUGUCUGUGUUUUCAGGGAAGGCUCAGAAGACUUCUCAGAAGACCCGAGGCAUUCGGAGCCUUCCGGGACGCCCCCUCUCACUUCCCCCCCUGGCGCGCCAGCUAGGAGUGCUUCCUCUUCUUCACGAGGGCGUCCAUGCUCUCGGUCAGCGUGCUCCCGUUCAGCACGGCCGUCUUGUUGCUGUCCUCCUCGCUGUUCCACCUGCGGAACCCCAUUGUAUAUCCAGCGCGGUUGUGCCCUCAACCGCCGACGCCCAGACGCUCUCCCCCCCUCUCGCUUUUUCCUCCCUCCUCUCCCCCUUCCCUCCCUCCUCGCCUCUCCAUCCAUCCCCCCUCGCCCUCCCUGCCCCCCUUCGCUCUCCCUCGCCCUCCUCUCUCCCUCUCCUCCUCCUCUCCC